AUGCUUAAAGAAGAGUGUGGUUUCCCAGAUAGUAUUGACUUUAGUGACAGAUAUAAAGAAGCUAUUGGAAAGUUCAAGGAUGGAAAUACUGACCCGAACCUAUUUAGCUUUAUGGCUCAGCACCAAAACGGAUAUAAUCUCAAACCUGGAAAAUACAAGCUCGCUAAGGGAUAUGAUUUAAUAGCAUAUCAUCCAAAUGACAUGGAUGAAUUUACUCCGAGAUAUUUGAUGUCAGAGCUAAAUGACAAUUCAACUUUCGUCAUGAAACGCGUAAAAAAUAGAGACGGAACGAAAGAACAAAAGCUUAUGAAUGCGGAUGACGUAGAUAGGGAAAUUGUUGAAAACGGUCUCGGAAUAUAUGAAAUGCCAGCAGAUGAGGUACAAGAAACUCCACAGGAAGAAGUUCAGAUACAACCAGACAUGGAAGAAAUAG